AUGUGUACAAUUAUGUCAGGUGUUAAAAGACUGGUAGUCGCGGAUUCUACUGAAAUUUUGAAUCGUUUGAAAUUCGAUAUGACAAAACAACCAGAUUUAUUAUUGAAGUCACCUCCUUCAAUUAAUACUUUGCUCACACAAAAGAUGAAUUUAUAGCUCUUUAAGUCUUCGAACCAGAGGACAUUCCAGGGCAGAAACUCAAUUAGAAAAUCAAUAAGAUUUCCAGAUUAGAUGUUAAGUAUCAGAUAAAAGUUACUUAAAGAAGAGUUUGAUGAAGCAAAAAACAAAAAUUAAAAGCAAAUUCCUAAGCUCACUGAUAUGAAAACUUUAGUAUCUCCUUAAAACCCAUAGCGAAGAUUAUAGUCAGCAAAACUAUCUGUUGACAAAAAUAGACUUCUAAGAUCUCAGACAACUAAUUUCUUAAUUCAGUUUACUCCAUUCGAUCAUGUAAUUAAAUAGCCCAGACCUGAACCCCCUGGAAAUGAAGAAUACAAAAUAUAUGAGAAAAUGGUGAAUAAGAUGUUUAUCUAAACCUAAAAUAGUAUUGAGCCAAUAAAAGUUGUCCUAGCUACAACGAAAGAGAAACCCCUAGAUGACAUAUAAGAUUAUCCGCUUGACUUAGGGAAUUAAUAUCAAAUUUAAGACAGAGACCUAAAUAAACCAUUUCAAUAGACUACUCGAAUAGUUAAUAGAGUCAGAGGCAAAUUUGAAAAGUAGCUAAUAAAAGAGAAGACCAGACAUAGACUAUUAUUCAAUAUAAAAUGUGAUGAUCUAGAUGUAGACUAAGGACAGAAAAGUGAGAGAUAACUAAGAAAAGAUAGAUUUGCAAAGGCUUUAAAAGCUACGAUAAAAGACAUGAAGAAAUAUAAUAUCGAGUGUGGAGAUAAUAUUUGUGGAAUGCUUCCGAAAGUUCCUUAUGAAAAACCAGAGACUGAGAGAUUUUUAAAAGCUGUUAAAUUAGAUAAAAUUCAUACUGUCUGGCAGAUGCUUUAAGACGAUAAAUUUCUAGUCCAUUAGUUUGAUCAUCUGCAUCAGUAUGGAUUACACUUCGCAGCCAAAAGAAAUAACCCUGAAAUGAUAAAACUUUUGCUAUUUAAUAAGUCAGAUGUAAAUGCUAAGGACAUAAAUGGAAGAACUCCUUUGUUCUAUGCUUGCAUGAUGAAUCAUGUUAGGGCUACAUCAGUUUUACUAUCUAAUAUGGGUAAUGCUUUCUCGAUGGAUAGAGAAGGCACUAAACUUGAUGAGGUGACAUCAAAUUCAGAGAUUUUGAAAAUGAUAUCGAAAGGAAAAAGUUUUUAAGUAAUCAUGAAAUUUGUACCACAUGGAAAGAGACUCGAUAAAUUAAGAGAAAUGGGAGUGGAAAACUUUAAUAAGGAGAAUAUUCAUGUUUAAAAAUUCAAAGGAGAUUUCUAGAAGUAUUGA